AUGCGAGCGGUUUCGGUGUCAGUGCUACUCAUCCUUGUUGUCUGGGUGUCCUGCUUCGGCGAAUCAGGCGCAGAUUGCUGCUGGACAAAGGCCAAACUGCUCUUCACGAUGGGCAAAGGAUCGUGCUGAAUGGUCAAUGCCAAGACCACCAAAUACGGAUGCGAGGCCACAGUUUGCGCGGAUGGAAGGGUGCUCAAGGGCUCAUAUUGUGGAGUGGGUUCUUGCAACAUCUUCGGCUGCUUUUGUCGCGGCGGCUGUCUGGCUGGAAACUAUGGCGAGUCCUUUGUGGAAAUAAAUAAUAAGUAUCAGAUCAACUUGAUAAGCACCCAAAUGAAGCUUGCUAAUUUAACAGAUACCGAGGCUUAAUUGUACAACGUUUUGAUAUUUCCCUAUAUUUUUACAUGCGCAAUCUAAAAAAAACUUCACUUUGAGUAAAAUAAAGAGUAUCAGAGGUAAAGGUUUCAAGUUUGGUGAUAGUUAAUAUACUUACAAGAGCGAUUCGAAGUGAAUAUGUCUAAAAAUUAAUUGAGAUACCGUAUACAAUAAGACAAUAUUAUAAUUCAAAAUUAAA